AUUACUGCCGCGCACCAGCGAGGCAAGAUGGCGGCCGCCUUGGACGCAGAAAAGUUGCUUGUGCAGUGUGAAUCGCAAGAACUAGAGGCUCCAGGUGGUGUGGCUACCCCAGAAGUUUAUUCUAAGCUUCUUGGCUUGUAUCUUCUGACAAAUGACAUGAACAAUGCUAAAUUCUUGUGGAAGAGAAUCCCUCAGCCAAUCAAGACAGCCAACCCAGAGCUUGGUCUAAUCUGGGCUGUAGGUCAGUGUAUGUGGCAAAGGAACUUUCCAGCUACCUAUGCUUCACUUAACAAAGAAUGGUCAGAGACGGCCAAGCCCAUUAUGGAAGCCAUAUCGGCUAACAUAAGGCAAAGAAUGUACCAUCUCAUUAGCUCAGCCUACACAACGAUUGAAGCAGAGGAAUUUGCAACGUAUGUCGGACUACAAGUUGAGCCAGCAAUUGCUGCUGCAACAGCAGAAGGAUGGCAAUAUAACGCUGAAAACAAUAUGAUAUCACCAAGAAAACCAGGUACCCAGCCCGAUCAAGCCAUUCCAAGCGAACAGCACAUUGCCCAGUUGACAGACUUUGUAUCAUUUCUUGAAAACUAGCUUUUGUAAAUAUUUAUAUUGAUUGUACAUACAUGUAUCAAAACGUCCAGCCACAUGCUCUGUGUUGGUCUUACUGUAUGCAGUUUAGUCCAAAGCAAGUUCUGUAGUUUUUUAUUGCAAAGUUAAAUGGAAGGUAGCUCUGGUUUGAUGCAAGUCUCUGGUGCAAAGUAUGAAUGGCGAAGUCAAACCUGGGCCCAUUUUCAUGGCUCUGCUUAUCAAAGAAUCAGUGCUUAUGGAAGAAGGGAAUUCCGUGCUUUACGUCAAGCAGAUUCCACAGGUUAGCAGGGAUUUUUACCUGGUGCAUUUGCCACAUUACUAGACAUUCUUCGCUUACACAGCUAGCACAGAAAUUUGGUGCUUGCAUGGGAAGCGGCGAAUGGUGAUUAUAAGCGCAGAAUUUGGCGGUAAGCAGAGCCAUGAAAUUGGGUCCUGGGCUAAAGGAAAAGGAACAAAGAUGUAACUUGUCUUUAGAUAUGCAAACCUUAAAAUCCAGUUUAGUAGACAAGAAAUGUUUCGUUGAGAUUCUCACUAAGUGUACCGGUACAGCUCAGGUGCAAGUGCUAUUCACUUGAAGUUUGUAUUCCCUCAUAUGUAAAUGCUCAAUCUUGGAGGUAAAACUAUAACAGUAUGAAAGUAUCAUCGGCUUUUGGCAUUUAAACAUAAAUAUUUGUCUGGCUAUGUUUUUUACCCUAGAAAACAUGCAGUUUUUAUCAAAAAAUGUGAACCUAUACCUGUUUUAUAGUAAAGCAUCAGACCUAUUAUUUGACAUUAAGGUAAUGUAAUGUGCACUCUGGUAUGAAGAUGUUAAAAAAUGCUCAGGCAAGUCUUGGAUCAUUGUAAAACGUGGAAGGUAGUGGUAGUACUUAGGCAAAUUAACUAAGCAAAAAGGCAUUUAGCUUUCGUAGCAACGACAACUUCAUAAGAUGCAAGUUGUUGCUCUACAAAAACUCGUGCAGUUUUUAUGUAACUAGUUUGUCUUUAAGUGCUACCACUACCGUUCACGUAUUAUCUAUCAGAUUAACACAGCUGUUUCUAUUAUUGGAGCAUUAUGAAACACUUGUAUGUACAUUGUAUGUUGUUUUUCUUUAGAAUAAAAAGCAAUUAAAAAAGCAAUUAAGAAAA